AUGACUGCCUCGUUAGAGCUGCCUCCUAGACCGACUGGUCUUCCCACACUCGAAAGUCUCAACGCGACCGUCCCUUCUGACGUUUCUCCAGAGUCCGUAUCCCAAUCAUGGCUGGAGAAAUUGUCUGCUACGCUGUCUGCGCAAACCUUUGACGAUCUUGACGAGCUCUUCAUCUCUUCCGCCACAUGGAAAGACAUCCUCGCGCUCACCUGGGACUUCCGCUCUGUCCGCACGCUCCCCAGCAUCCGCACCAUGCUUGCCGCCCGUGCCGGCCUGCAGAAGUUCUCCGUCCAGGCGAUCACGGCAGAAGAAGGCGCUGAGGCGCGCGGCGCUUUCAAGUCCCUGCUGGUCCGACCGUUCCCGGAUACCGCGUGGGUGCAGUUCGGGUUCGCCGUCGUGACCGGGAUCGGGCAGGGAACCGGCACCGCACGACUCGUCCCGACCGGGGAUGGGACUUGGAAAGCGUGGACGGUGUUUACGAGCAUCGAUCAGCUGAGAGACUUCCCGGAGAAGGUGGGCGCUGCGCGUCUCGUCGGUCCUGUGGUGGACUGGGUAGACAGGCGCGCUCGUGAGCUCGACUUUGUGGAUAGCCAGCCGACUGUUCUGAUCAUUGGCGGCGGCCAUGUGGGACUCGAGCUGGCUGCGCGUUUGAAGUACUCUGAUAUCUCAGCCCUUGUUGUGGAGAAGGCGCCUCGUAUUGGAGAUAGUUGGCGCCAUCGUUAUGAUUGCCUUUGCUUGCACGAUCCAGUUUGGUUCAAUCAUAUGCCUUACCUUCCAUUCCCCUCUACAUGGCCCCGCUAUCCUCCUAGUAAAAAAAUUGCUAGUUGGCUUGAAGCCUACGCAGAGAACCUAGACCUCAAUGUUUGGACUUCGACCAACACCCAAACCAUCAAGUGGAAUGAAGGAACGAAAGACUGGACAGUUACCGUGACUCGGUCGGAUGGCAGACAGAGAAUAUUGUCGCCGAAGUAUGUCAUAUUUGCCCAUGGUUCUGGUGGUGGAGUUGCAAACAUGCCUGAUAUACCACAGAAGGAAGCAUUUAGAGGUCAGGUGUACCAUUCGUCAGAAUUUAGAUCAGGAAAAUAUUUCAAAGGGAAGAAGGCAAUCGUAGUUGGCGCGUGCAACUCAGGCCACGAUAUUGCCCAUGACUUGUACGACUAUGGCGCGGAUGUUACAAUGUUUCAAAGGUCGACCACGUAUGUCAUCUCUGCGAAGGCGUUGGCGAUGCAAUUGAAGGCCUCACAUUACGUGGAAAACGGUCCACCUACUGAGGUUGCUGACCGCCUUGGCGCAUCAAUUCCGCACUUCAUUGUGCGCUUGCUACAAGGUCGCGCUGCGCAACGUAUCGCCGACACAGUCGACAAGGAACUUCAUGACAAUCUGAGAAAAGUGGGUUUCGGAUUGUCUUUGGGCGUGGAUGGUGGUGGAAUCAUUUCGCUUUUGACCACACGUAGAGGGGGAUUCUAUAUGAACGUCGGUACUAGUCAGCUCAUUGCUGACGGGCGUAUUAAACUCAAGCACGGAAGCGCAAUCUCGCGUUUCUCAUCUAAUGGCUUAUACUUCGAGGAUGGCACCCAUUUGGACGCAGAAGUUGUUAUUUUUGCUACGGGGUAUGGCGACGCGCGCGAUCUAGCGCACGAGCUUUGUGAGCCUGAGGUUGUAGACAAAGUCGGUGAGGUAUGGGGGAUAGACAAGGAAGGAGAGUUGAACGGUGUAUGGCGCGACUCCGGACACCCACAUUUAUUCUUUGCACAAGGGAAUUUUGUCUUAGCGAGACAAUACUCUGCGUAUCUGGCUCUCCAAAUCAAAGCAAGCGAGGAAGGCCUCAUAAGCGCAAGAUACACAAUUCACAAGCAAUACGGGCAAGGUACUUGA